CCCGCACUAGAUCAGGUCAUCCCAUUCCUUUGUUUAUUUAAACACCCGUUUUCCUUUCCACUACAGUUUUUCUGACGUAGAAGCUUCGCCACCUCCAGAGGUAGUUAUUUUGUCUGUUCUGUAAAGGAAUGCUGUUUUUAUCAUCAUAAACAUUCACAAUGGAGGAUUCUGAGAAAAGUUUUGGUAACUCACCAUUGCUUGAUUAUUUGUCACUUGGGAAAAGCUAUGGACCAUAUGGGAUUGUGGGUGCUGCCAUUGUUGGUCUGAUUAUACCUGUGUUACUUGCCACCAUAUUUGUGGGAAAGAGAAAGGGGAAACAAAGAGGUGUUCCAGUAAAAGUGGAUGGUGAGGCUGGUUAUGUUGUUCGUAAUGUACGGCUGCCUGAGUUGGUUGAGGUCCCGUGGAAAGGAGCCACAACAGUGGCUGCUCUUUUUGAGCAAUCUUGUAGAAAGUAUUCCCAAGAUCGAUUUCUUGGGUCACGGACACUUAUUAGUAAGGAGAUUGUCACUGUCAGCGAUGGCAGAAAGUUUGAGAAGCUACACCUGGGGGAUUAUGAGUGGCAGACUUUUGGACAGGUUUACGAUCGUGCUUGCAACUUUGCAUCUGGUCUGGUUAAAUUUGGUCAUAAUGUGGAUACUCGUGUUGCCAUUUUCUCUGAAACUCGAGCAGAGUGGCAGAUUGCCUUUCAGGGAUGCUUUCGGCAGAAUAUCACAGUUGUUACUAUAUAUGCUUCUCUAGGCGAGGAAGCCCUAAUUCAUUCAGUUAAUGAGACCCAAGUAUCAACAUUGAUCUGUGAUCCCAAGCUGUUGAAAAAAUUAACUGCAAUUAGCUCAAGCUUGGAGACGAUUAAGAAUGUCAUUUACUUUGAAGAUGAUGAAACUGAAAAAGAUUCUAGCUUCUCAGGGAGUAUCAGCAACUGGAAGAUUUCGUCCUUUUCUGAAGUUGAGAAACUUGGGAAAGUUAGUCCAGUUCCUCCUAGUCUUCCAUCCAAGAAUGGAAUUGCGGUUAUAAUGUACACCAGUGGCAGUACAGGUCUGCCUAAGGGUGUGAUGAUAACUCAUGGAAACAUCGUAGCCACUGUUGCAGCCGUUAUGAUGGUGAUCCCAAAACUGGGAACCAAUGAUGUAUAUCUCGCAUAUUUGCCCCUAGCUCAUGUUUUUGAACUGGCAGCUGAGUCUGUGAUGUUGGCUGCAGGGGCUGCAAUUGGCUAUGGUUCACCAUCGACUCUAACAGACACUUCUAAUAAAAUCAAGAAAGGAACCAAGGGAGAUGCUUCAGUGUUAAAGCCCACUCUUCUCACAUCAGUUCCAGCUAUUUUAGAUCGUGUUAGAGAUGGAGUUCUGAAAAAGGUUGAGGAGAAAGGGGGAUUAGCAAAGACUCUUUUCAACUUUGCCUAUAAACGCCGAAUGGCUGCUAUAGAAGGAAGUUGGUUUGGUGCUUGGGGAUUGGAGAGAAUGCUGUGGGAUGCCAUUGUUUUCAAAAAUGUACGGGCUGUACUUGGGGGACAGAUCCGGUUCAUGCUUUGUGGUGGAGCGCCUUUAUCAGGGGAUUCUCAACGCUUCAUCAACAUUUGCAUGGGGGCUCCUAUAGGUCAAGGAUAUGGUUUGACAGAAACAUUUGCUGGAGCUGCUUUUUCUGAGGCAGAUGACACAAGUGUGGGCCGAAUUGGGCCACCCCUUCCCUGUUGCUACAUUAAGCUUGUUUCUUGGGAAGAAGGUGGAUACAUGACAUCUGACAAACCGAUGCCUCGAGGAGAGAUUGUUGUUGGGGGAUUCAGUGUAACUGAUGGCUAUCUUAACAAUCCUGUAAAAACUAACGAGGUUUACAAGGUCGACUCCAGGGGCAUGCGAUGGUUUUAUACUGGUGACAUUGGACAAUUUCACCCUGAUGGAUGCCUUGAAAUUAUUGAUAGGAAAAAGGAUAUUGUCAAACUCCAACAUGGAGAAUAUAUAUCUCUUGGGAAGGUUGAGGCAGCACUGAUGUUAAGUAACUAUGUCGACAACAUCAUGGUAUAUGCAGAUCCUUUGCACAGCUACUGUGUAGCUCUGGUUGUCCCGUCACAUCAGGACCUUGAGAAGUGGGCCCAACAAGCUGGCAUCAAGUACAAGGAUUUUGCUGAGCUGUGUAGUAGAGCUGAGACUAUUAUUGAAGUUCAACAAUCUCUUUCCAAGGUAGCAAAGGAUGCAAAACUGGACAAAUUUGAAAUUCCUGCAAAGAUUAUGUUGAUACCAGAUCCAUGGACACCUGAGUCAGGGUUGGUGACUGCUGCCCUCAAGAUUAAAAGAGAACAGAUCAAGGCCAAAUUCAAAGAUGAACUCAAGAGAUUGUAUGAGUAAAGCAUAUAGAAUCUAAUGUUUUCCCAAUCCAGUAUUCUGUGUUCCUUUUUUUUUUUUUUUUUUUCCUUUAAAACUGGAGGAUUGGCCGCUCAAUCUCAGUGUUUCUGACCAGAAGAAAAUUUCUCAGAAGUUUGUCUGUGGCUGAGAAUAAUUAACUUAAUUGCAAUCUGAAAGUUAUGUUUGAUGCUGAUUGUUAAGGUUCCAAUUUGUGCAGUCCUCUUUGAUUAAUUUCGACUUUUCUUUCUCCCUUCUACUUCGGUUUGGAUGUCGAGCCGGCUGAAACAGGUAAUUCCCAUAGUGAUGGCCGGAGGACAAGAUAUAAAGCAGGACCCAAGAAUGGCACCAACGACAAGGGAAGAAGCGAAUAACCUUUUUCAUACCUG